GUGUGUCUCUCACACCUUCCCCUCAGUAAUCCUGAUAUAUAAACACUGUGUGACUGGUUGUAACAGCACAUGGCAACUGACUUGUGUACAUACACCUAUUGUGCAUCACAGGGUGUGGAUGCCCUGAUUGCAAACACACAUAAUGUGACAUGGGCAGGGUUGAGUUGCUGUACAUUAAUGUACAGAAGUUUAGAUCCGCACAGUUGUGAGCACACCUUCAUUCCAGGCAGAUUGUUUCUUUGGAAAGCACCCGUCAGACACCGAGCAGCUCCGUGCCGGGCAAUGGAGUACAGGAAAGGCCGCUGGGUGGAACGGGAGAAUGUGCAGAAGAGAACAUUUACCCGAUGGAUAAAUCUGCAUUUGGAGAAGUGCAGCCCUCCCAUGGAAGUCAAAGAUUUGUUUGUUGAUAUACAAGAUGGAAAAAUGUUGAUGGCGCUGCUGGAGGUGCUGACGGGACAGAACCUGCUCCAUGAAUAUAAAUCAUCAACUCAUCGUAUCUUUCGUCUGAACAACAUAGCCAAGGCACUAAAGUUUUUGGAAGAUAGUAACGUGAAGCUAGUCAGCAUCGAUGCUGCCGAAAUCGCUGAUGGAAACCCGUCGCUGGUCCUUGGUUUAAUCUGGAACAUAAUCCUGUUCCUGCAGAUUAAGGAACUCACAGGCAAUCUGAAUAGAAUGUCCUCCUCUUCCAGUCUGUCCUCCCUGCCUAGUGGGAGCGAGUCUGACACAUCUCAUCCCGGCACUCCGAGCACAGAGAAGAGCAUGUCUGUUUCAAUUAAGGAUCAACGCAAAGCCAUCAAAGCUCUUCUGUACUGGGUUCAGCAGAGGACAAGGAAGUACGGAGUCGCAGUACAGGACUUCGCAAGUAGCUGGAGAAGCGGCCUGGCGUUCCUAGCUGUUAUUAAAGCCAUAGACUCCAGCCUGGUCGACAUGAAGAAAGCAUUGGAGAAAUCUCCCAGGGAAAAUCUUGAAGAUGCGUUUAGCAUUGCCCAACAGAGUCUCAGGAUCCCGCGGCUUCUGGAACCAGAGGACCUGAUGGUGGACUUUCCCGAUGAACACUCUAUAAUGACCUAUGUGACACAGUUCCUUGAGCAUUUUCCAGAACUCAACUCGGAUGACUUUACAAACCAGACUGAAGAGGCUCCACUAGAAAUUACGUAUGUACAUUAUAAGGACGGUCCAACAGAGGAAGAGGGAACAAUUUUUACAGUGAAUAAAGAUGAGGAUAAGGACUAUUCAAUGGAGUUUGAGACCAGACCUCUGACACCCCCAGAGACCCAUGACUAUGCUGCAGUAGAUAUUCCGUACGACAGCAAGCCCAUAUCUGAGGCAAGGGUAAAGAAUCCCUUCCAGGUCUCAGCGGAGAUGAAACGAGGCCCAGUACUGCAUACAGCGGCUGGUUUCAAAAGUAACCAUGUUUCACGACAACUACAAAUGUCUCCAACCAGAUCUAGUUUAUCUGUGAAAAGUCCUGACCGUCCUGGUACAAGUGAAAACCGUGAAGACCGAAAUGGAGAAGCUGCUAUUCAUCACACUGACUCCAUGGAGGACAAUAGACCCAACUCUACUUUUGUUGGACCCAAAGGACCGCAAUACAUGCUGUCUCACAUCCACAACUCUAGCAACUCUUCAUCAUCAUUUUCAUCCAUUUCUGACAAGGAACCCAGUGAUCAAAAACAAAAGUAUCAGGCUGACAAUGGCACAGCACAGCCAACACUCAAGGCCAAUCACAAUGAUCCACUGCCAUCAUAUAAGGUCAGUGAAGAGGAUGAUGCCUUCAAAUAUGUCUUGCAUUCACCCAAAGAUAGUUCAAGAGGUGAUCACAAAAAACAGAUGACUGUCUUCCAGGCGUAUAAAGCAAGCACUGAAGACCAGCCCGACCACAAAAGUCAUCAUCUGACUUCCAAUGUAGACAGUGGACUAGAGGAAACAGAUGAGACGGAUAGCACAAGUCCCCCAAAGAUUUCUGUCAUCCCUCAUGACUUAUUUUACUAUCCCCAUUACAGUGUCCCCAUCGCAGAUGUCUUACAAGCCUUUGCCGACACCAGUCCAGAUAGCAGCAUUAAGAAGACUAGGGCAUUUGAUGAUACAUCUGAGGGCUUUACAGAUGACACUGACUCAUUCAGUGGACACUACUUAGACACCGAGACAGCAGAAAAUGGAAUCUCAGAAGCAGAAUCUCCAUUAACAGUAGGUCUGGAUGGCUCUGCAUGGGAUCUGAGGUUCGAAAAGACUAGUUCACCAGAAUGCCCAGUGGGAUUACUAUCUAAUGGAUCAAUACCCCAACCUAUCCAUGACCUACAGAACAGCAAUGUAUCCUUCGAUCCUGGUUACAGCAAACCCUAUCAGGGGGUUGGACGCAAUGAAAGUCCAAAGAAGAGCCUGGAGGAGAAGGCAACAAGUAGAAAAGGUUUAAUUAAUAAAAAAGCAGAAAUAGAAGAUGAGGGUCUCCUGGAAAGUGACAAGGCAGCGAAUCUCACUGCAGAAAUCCAGGAGAGGAAGCUCAAAGAUCUCCGUUUUUCAAGAGACAUCCAGAGCGAUCCCCACGUGUACAAGAGGAGGGAGCUGAACAUCUGCGAGCAGUUGAACUCUGGAGCUCUUCAAAGCACCAGCGAGGAUGGAGACCAACCUUCACAACUCAGGAAAGAAGGGGAUGGCAAUACAGCCCCAUUGGAAAGAAUGGCUGAUGGAUCUAGACUUUCAUUUUUGAACAAACAGCUACCCGACAUGUACUACAUGGUCGUCCUGCUCUGGCUCCUUUGCUACUGCUUCCUGAUCCUCCCGGAGUUGGAUAUGAGCAAAGUUAAAUUUUUGGCAUACAACAAUUAAAUGCUGCCGCAUAAUUAGGAGAUGUCGCAUGAUUUCAGAUGGGCACGUAUUUAUCUUGAAAAUGUUCUCCAGCAAUAAUGUAACCUGCUGAUGCUCAUGUCUUUAUAAUAGCACAUAGCUAAGCAGGUAUGGUACAUCAGUAACCAAAAUAAUAACAUUUUGUGCCUUUGUGCAAAGAAACGCGUUUCGUCGCACCUUAACCCUUCUCCCUGACUCAGUCAGUUCCUGUAACCUAAAAGCUAACCUAGAUGCUUCCUGGGCUUCUGCUAUCUAUAGGUGGUUAUCUUAUUUUAUGUCACAACUCAACGACGUCUUCCUGACCUUUAGACUUUUUUGGCAGAAGGACCAAUCAAUUUAUUGAAACAUAAAUUGGUAAAUAAUUGGAUAGUGAUAGUCAUUGAAAGACACAUUGAUAUUAGAACUCGAGCUCCGAGGACAGGCAUCCUUGAACUGGUUCAUUUUAAUUGUCUCCUGCUCACUUCGGUCUCAUGGCACAUGAUCAAUAUGUGAAGUAACCUUAAAAAUCACACUAAACACAUGAAAUGUUGACAUUAAAAAAUAAAAUAAAGGAAAUUGACAUACUUCAGUAGUAACCAGACAUUCUACUGCAGCUGUAUAAAGUAUAAAACGCCCCCCUACUCCAUUAUAGAUAGCUGUCAUGUAGGAAAUGCAAAGGUAUGAAACCGCACAGUAAUUGCUGUUUGUGACGUCAUGCACCUCAUUUUGCACCAAUGUAGGGCAAGAUGGCAGCACUUGUGAAGAUGCAGAUUUUGUACCAAAUGGUUGGAGGAGAUCAAGGGGGUGAUUCCGACUUGAUCGUAGCUGUGCAGUUCUGGCUUGAUCGCUGUGCUGCGAAGAACUGCAGCGAGCGUUCAGGUCAGAAUGACCCCCCCCAAGAUACUUAAGAUCAGAUUGUGUUCCUGUAUAUUGGGAUAUGUAAUUAUAUAAUUUAAUGGGAUGCAGGAAAUCAUGUUUCUAGCUGACCAAUGAAAUAAUAGGGGAAAAGUGGCCCCUGUAACAAAUGGUCUUGAUACCCUAUUGCUCCGAUGACUAAUGUAUGACAUAUAUGAGGAUAAACCUAUUUGUAUGUUAGAAACACAAUGCAAAAAUAAAGUGAAAUGAAUGUAGGGGAGGAUCCUAAAGGGGAAGCAGACUGUACUUUGAUGUGGUAUUUUUACUAUAUCCACCCAGUGCAUUGUGCAGUGCAACCGCCAAGUCACAAAGUUAUGCAGAUUGUUCUCCCCAGGACUGUUCCCUAGUCCAUAGAAUGGGUGUGUAGUUCUGCAGAACACGUCUGUAGGCUGUCAGGCACUCUCAGUCCGCUCUGUUAGACUAGCAUCCCUCUUGUGACAUAACUUACUCCCACAGAAGUGAAAGAGAGCAUACUGGACACACUAUCUAUAGUAUAAAACUCCAGUUAUUGUAUAAACACCAUUGCAGGCAGCAUUGUUUUAUGUAUAAUAAGGGAGUACAUUUAAAUUGUCGGCUGUCGGGAUCCCGGCGUUAAAUUGCUGGCUGUCAGGAUCCCGGCGUUCAGGAUACUGAUGACGGGUCUCGAUAGCUGGCAAUGCCAGCAGCCGGAAUACCCACGAAACAGGGCUGUUGCCACUCGUGGGUGUCCACGACACACAUAGAGCAGGGAUAGAACCUGUGGCUCGCGCAGCGAGCCUCAGUGCCCGCAGCGUGGAGAGUGCAGCGAGCCCGCAAAGGGACUCUUUGCGCUCUAUCCGCUGCUGGCAUACAGGCGGCCGGGAUGCCGCUGUUGGUAUACUGAUGACCGAAAUCCCGGCUGCCGGUAAAUCCUACUCAACCCAAUAGCAGCAAAAUGUAAAAGAAGCUAUAGAACUUACAAAAAAUAGAUGGUAGGGUGUCAUAUAUUGACGCUAAAUAUAUACUGAACCCAUGACUUGAAUCAAUAAAUAAACUUCAUAGCUAUAGAGCAAUGAUCAGCAAAGUUGUAGAUAUUCAAGUACUGGUAACACAGUACCGGAUAAUCGGGUCAGAAAAGAAGUUACCCUCACAUAAAGCUCUUAGGGCAGAUUUAUUAAGCUCGGUGAAGUGAUAAAUUGGAAGGUGAUAAAGUACCAGCCAAUCAGAUCCUAACUAACAUGUAUUUGAAAAAUGACAGUUAGGAGCUGACUGGCUGGUCCUUUACCACCUUCCAAUUUAUCACUUUACCGAGCUUAAUAAAUCUGCCCCUUAGUUUUCAUCUUUUAUCCUGAACACGUAAUCCUCACCGAUGGAAGCUGCCAGUGACGUGUCCUAAAGUGUUCUCGCAUUUCUCAUCACCUUUUUCUUGCUCUGGCGCCAAAAAAGAGCUAAAGACUCGGGACCAUUUUUUUAUCUUUUUUAAAUCUAUGUUGUGUUAUUAAUGUAUCUGAAGCCAUGGACAGUACGGAAUUCUGUGUAUAUAAGAGUAUGUUAUAUAAUAAAAUGUUAUGUAUAUUCCA